AUGAUUGGUAUUAAUGAGGAUAGUAUUAAGCAUCUUUGGUAUUUUGAGGAUGCGUCUGUCGGUCUCGGCUGGAACUGGGAAAUGUGGUGGACCUACGACGGGAUAUCAGGUCCGGAGUUCUGGGGCGUGAUCAACCCGGCGUGGGCGAUGUGUUCGGAAGGGCGUCGUCAGUCCCCCAUCAACCUGGACCCCCGCACCCUCCUGCACGACCCCAACCUGACCCCCAUCACGCUCGACAAGACGGAGGUCAAAGGUCAACUAGUAAACACAGGUCACAGUCUCGAGUGGCGGGUCCUAACAUCAUCUGCCCUGCCGCUGAACCUGUCCGGUGGGCCUCUCUCUUAUACGUACUCCAUUAGCCACCUCAGAAUGCAUUUUGGGGAGCGGGAUCUCCAAGGCUCAGAACAUACUAUCGCCAACUAUGCUUUUCCCGCUGAGUUACAGAUCUAUGGCUACAAUGCACAGCUCUACAGAAACUUCAGCCAGGCAGCCUCCCAGGUGUAUGGCGUGGUGGCUAUCGCUGUGUUGGUGCAGCUGGGUGACCGCACAACACCAGCUCUUGCCAAGAUGUUAGAAGCUCUUCCAAGUGUAAAGUUUGGAGGAUCUUCGUCAGCAGCCUACGACCUUAUCAUAAGCGAACUCCUGCCUUCCACUGAACACUACUUGACCUACGACGGAUCCCUGACUGUCCCUGGCUGCUACGAGACCGUGACCUGGAUUCUGCCCAACAAGCCUCUUUACAUCGCUUUUAGUCAGAUGAGAAAUCUCCGGAGGUUAAAGCAAGGUUCUUCCGACUUCCGAAGAAAUGCGCCGGUGGCCAACAACUUCCGGCCGUUGCAGUCUGCUCACCAUCGCACCAUCCGGACUAAUAUUGACUUCGGUUACUCGCAGGUGGGGGUUCUCAGCGGGAACGAGUUUGACAGAUGGAUGUUCGAGAGCAAUGAUGUGAUUAAUCCUCUCGACUGGCCAAUUCUAAAUCUGACUGAAAAGACUUACAGAUUUUAUCAAAACAAAUUAAGAUUUCUGUGGCACUCUCUUCCCUUGCUGGCAUCCAAGUCCAAUGCCUUCUGGCUUCUCCUACGAACCACCCUCAGUUGUUCCAGCUGCCACCAUUCCCCGACAUUCAAACCUCAAGACUCCGGCCUCACUGAAUACAGCUCUGGACAGUGA